UUUGUUCCCGCGUUAAACCGUGUUUUGAGACUGAGACGCCUCUUUGUUCCUUUCCGUUAAAAUGUGGUAAUAAUAAUAAUAAUAAUAAUUCAACCAGCAUUUUUGAAAAUGUGCCGUUAGCAUUAACUACGAAAUAUACAGUACGAAUAGGAAGUGGAAAAGAUGAAUUAUGUGAGACAGUAAUUUAAGUCAAUUACAGUGUUGAAUUAGCAUUAACUGAUAUUGCUGCAUUAAUGUGUUAUUGGCUUAUUAACAUACCAACUAUACUUUCCUUAACGUUUUACAGUGGUAUUAGUUAAGCUGCAGGUAAUUUACUGGAUCAUUUAUUAUUAUCAAAUGGACAUAUUCUACAUUUUAGGUGCAACAUUUAAUCCACAUUUUCCAAAACAUUAAAUGUAACACUACUACAAUACUGAGUCCCAUUCAAAUUUAAUUUUACUCUCAAAUUUCCUGGGCCAUUGAUUUUUGUCAAACUAGUAGAGAUGAGCAGAGGGCCUUGGGGACGAGGAGGGGAGGAGAGAGCAGCAGAGGGAACCCGAUCCAGGCAGUGUGUUGAGGAGCUGAAACACACGGUCACGCUGAAGCGCCUACGGUAGCCGCUACCCGGACGGACUCUCUGGCAAUCGACCUUUCGCAGCGGAAAAGUGGAAUACGUCUUGAACAAUGAGCUCAGUGGCUGUGUUGACCCCGGAAAGCUUUGCGGAGCAUCGCAGUGGCCUCAAGGACCACGAGAUGACAGGUUGCGUCCCGGAGGACGAGGCCUACAUCCCCACCUACCUGGAGGCCUUCCCCCCGCUGCCGGAGAAGGAGGCACCAGGGGGAAGGACCGGGGAGCCGGCCUCGGCAUGGGGGAGCAAGAUCAGGCCCAUCAAAGCCUCUGUCAUAACCCAGGUGUUCCACGUGCCCCUGGAGGAGCGCCGCUACAAGGACAACAGCCAGUUCGGGGAAGGCGAGGAGGCCAAGGUGUGCUUGGACAUCAUGCAGCGGACGGGAGCUCACAUCGAGCUGUCCCUGGCCAAAGACCAGGGCCUCUCCAUCAUGGUCACCGGCAAGCUGGAGUCCGUCAUGAAGGCUCGCAAGGACAUCGUCGCCCGCCUGCAAACACAGGCCUCGGCCACGGUCGCCAUCCCCAAGGAGCACCAUCGCUUCGUCAUCGGUAAGAACGGCGAGAAGCUGCAGGAGCUGGAGCUGAAGACCGCCACCAAGAUCGCUAUUCCACGCCCCGACGACCCCAGCGCCAACAUCCGCAUCACCGGCACCAAGGAAGGCAUCGAGAAGGCUCGCCACGAGAUCCUCCUGAUCUCUGCUGAGCAGGACAAGCGCGCGGUGGAGCGCCUGUCCCUGGAGAAGGCCUUCCACCCCUUCAUCGCGGGCGCCCACAACCGGCAGGUGCAGGAGCUGAGCCAGGAGACGGGCGCCCGCAUCAGCAUCCCCCCGCCCAGCCUGCCCAAGGACGAGAUCGUCAUCACCGGGGAGAAGGAGGCGGUCGCCAUGGCGCUCAGCCGCAUCCGAGCCAUCUACGACGACAAGAAGAGGAAGACCACCACCAUCUCCGUGGAGGUGAAGAAGUCUCAGCACAAGUACAUCGUAGGUCCAAAGGGCAACACCCUGCAGGAGAUCCUGGAGACCACGGGGGUGUCCGUGGAGAUGCCUCCUCUGGACUCUGGCUCGGAGACCAUUAUCCUCAGAGGGGAGCCCGACAAGCUGGGGCCGGCGCUCACGCAGGUGUACGCAAAGGCGAAGAGUGUGAUGGUGGUGGAGGUGACUGCUCCUGCCUGGCUGCACCGCUUCAUCAUCGGCAAGAAGGGACAGAACAUCGGGCGGAUCACGCAGCAGCUACCUCGGGUUCACAUAGAGUUUACAGACGGUGAGGAGCGCAUCAGUCUGGAGGGGCCAACAGCGGAGGUGGAACAGGCUCGGACCCAGAUACAAGAGAUCAUCCAAGACCUGCUGGUGAGGAUGGACUACACUGAAGUUAUCAUAGAUAGGCGGUUCCACAGACACCUCAUCGGAAAGAACGGAGCCAACAUCAAUCGCAUCAAGGAGCAGUACAAAGUGUCGGUGCGAAUCCCAGACUCGGAACGAAGUGGCCUGGUCCGGAUCGAAGGAGACCCGAAAGGGGUCCAGCUGGCGCGCAGAGAGCUCAUUGAGAUGGUCCAGAGAAUGGAAAACGAGCGCACCAAAGACCUGAUCGUGGAGCAGAAGUUCCAUCGAACAAUCAUCGGGCAGAAGGGUGAAAAGAUUAAAGAAGUCCGAGACAAGUUCCCCGAGGUCAUCAUCAAUUUCCCCGACCCAUCGCAGAAGAGUGACGUCGUGCAGCUCAGAGGGCCGAAGAACGAGGUGGAGAAAUGUGGAAAGUUCCUCCAUAAAAUCAUCGCUGACCUGAUUGAGAACAGCUUCUCGCUCUCUGUUCCCAUCUUCAAGCAGUUUCACAAAAACAUCAUCGGUAAGGGCGGCGCCAACAUCAAAAAGAUCCGAGAAGAGACGCACACCAAGAUCGACCUGCCAACGGAGAACAGCAACUCGGAGACCAUCGUCAUCACGGGCAAGAAGAGCAACUGCGAGGCGGCCAGAGAUCGAAUCCUCGCCAUCCAGAGGGAACUGGCCAACAUCAAGGAGGCGGAGGUCGCCAUCCCCGCCCGGCUGCACAACUCUCUGAUCGGCUCCAAAGGGCUGCUGGUGCGCUCCGUCAUGGAGGACUGCGGCGGCGUCCACAUCCAUUUCCCCGAGGGCUCCGGCUCGGACCGGGUCACCAUCAGAGGGCCGUGCGAGGUGGAGAGGGCCAAGAAGCAGCUGCUGCAGCUGGCUGAGGAGAAGCAAGUCAACAACUUCACGGCCGAGCUUCAGGCCAAACCGGAGUACCACAAGUUCCUGAUCGGCCGCGGGGGGGCCAACAUCCGCCGCGUGCGCGACCGGACGGGGGCCCAGCAUCAUCUUCCGGCGCCGGACGACACGGAGCAGGAGCUGAUCACCAUCGUGGGGAAGGAGGAGGCCGUCCGGCAGGCUCAGAAGGAGCUGGAAUGCCUCGUCAAAAACCUGGACGACGUGGUGGAGGACAGCAUGGCGGUAGACGCUCGCCACCACCGCCACUUUGUGUGUCGCCGGGGCCAGGUGCUGCGGGAGCUCGCGGAGGAGUACGGCGGCGUCGCCGUGAGCUUCCCUCGCACGGGAGCCAACAGCCAGCGGGUCACUCUGACGGGGGCCAAGGACUGCGUGGACGCCGCCAAGAAGCGCAUCCAGGAGAUCAUCGAGGACCUGGAGUCCCAGGUGAGCGUGGAGGUGGCCAUCCCUCAGCGCUACCACCGAGCCAUCAUGGGGCCCAAAGGGUGCCGAAUCCAGCUCAUCACCAGGGAGCACGAGGUCCAAAUAAAGUUCCCAGAGAGAGACGACGGCUCCGCGGCUGCAGGUCAGGAGGCUCCGCCGCAGGAGAACGGCGACGUCGGUCCAGAGGCCGAGUUCGUCGCCCGCAAGUGUGACAUCAUCACCAUCGGCGGGCGCGCAGAGAAGUGCGAGCAGGCGAAAGCCGCCCUGCUGGCGCUGGUGCCCAUAACGGAGGACGUGGACGUGUCUUACGAGCUGCACCGCUACAUCAUCGGCCAGAAGGGCAGCGGCAUCAGGAAGAUGAUGGAGGAAUACGAGGUGAACAUCUGGGUGCCGCAGCCAGAGAAGCAGCUGGAUGGGAUCAAGGUGACGGGCCUGGCGGCCAACGUGGAGCGAGCCAAACAGGGUCUGCUUGACCGGGUCAAAGAGCUGCAGGCUGAGCAGGCCGACAGGGCCCUGCGCAGCUUCAAGGUGACCGUGUCUGUAGACCCAAAGUUUCAUCCCAAGAUCAUCGGCCGCAAAGGGGCGGUCAUCUCUCAGAUCAGGAAGGACCACGACGUCAGCAUCCAGUUUCCCGACAAAGGAGACGAGCAGCAGGAUCUGAUCGUGGUCUCCGGGUACGAGCGGAACGCGGAGGAGGCGAGCGCCGCCAUCCGCCAGCUGGUGGCCGAGUGGCAGGAGAUGGUGAGCCGAGACGUUCGCCUGGACCCGAGGACUCACGCUCGCAUCAUCGGAGCGCGAGGCAAGGCCAUCCGCAAGCUGAUGGAGGAGUUCAAGGUGGACAUCCGGUUCCCUCAGCCGGGCUCCGACGAGCCCGACAAAGUGGCGGUGACGGGGCUCCCGGAGACGGUCGACAACGCCGUCGACCACCUGCUCAACCUGGAGGAGGAAUAUAUGCUCAGCGUGACGGAGACAGAGACGCUGGCAGCCUACAUGAAGCCUCCGUCGCGCUACGGAGGAGGAGGAGGAGCUGGAGGGGACGACAGCAGCGGGGGUCCGGCCAGGGGCUUCGUGGUGCGGGACGCCCCGUGGAACGCUGCAGGGAACAAGGCUCCUGACAUGAGCAGCGCGGAGGACUUCCCCACGUUCGGGGCCGGCGUGGCCCCCAAGCAAGCGUCCGCCUGGGGUCCCAAGAAGUUCUGAGGCCGCUUGUCUGGAGGGUGAAAAAACCACAGUGGGGGGGGGGGGGGGGG